AUGAGAGCAAAUCGCACAUGUUUCCGAAAGAAUGACGCCAUGCUUGUGCUCGAUGAGGACUCUGAAAAGGACGCCUUCCUCUCGAAAGCUUUUCCGCCAAAUACGAAACUCUGGCUAGGACUGCAGUACAAAGACUAUCAGUGGACAUGGCCUGGAGGCUACUCAGCUGGCUUCACGAAUUGGGCUCCGGGUCAACCGAAUUAUCAAGCAGGCAAUUGUGCCUAUAUGCAACUGUACUCCGGAUCA